AUGCCGCCGAAAAAGAGUGACGAGAGAAUCCUUUUUGAAAGGUAUUCCAACCUCACAGAACGCCUCAAAAAUCUCAUUGAAACAGCACAAAACAAACUUGACAAAACUUGCCCCCGGGAAGUCGCAAAAGCUCUCUCGACCGCGAUCUUUUCAUUGAUUAAAGUUUUCGAGGAGGGCUACCUGGAAUGGUUAUCGUCAAAUACAACUUUUUCGGAGGAUAUAGUCAACGAGCAAAAGAAAUCUCAUAACGAUCUGGCCAUGAGAUGCGACAACAUUCUCAUCGAUCUAAGCGUUGCCGGAGACGAUGGACAAGUCCCGGAGAAAACGAACGACGCUCCAAAGUCCCGCCUUCCGAAAGUGGAGUUCCGAUGCUUUAAUAAGGCGCAACCCAAGCUUUGGUUCGAGCAGCUUGAGGUUGUCUUCGCGUCUUCGUCGAUUUCUUCCUCCGAACAAAAAUUUGCUGCCUUGCUCCGUCUCAUGGACGACUCUACGUCUUCGCUCCUUUGCGCCAUCACCAGGGAAAAAGCUCCGACUGCCUACGAAGAUGCGAAAGCAUUAUUAAUUAAAGAAUUCUCCUUGUCACGUUUCGAUAGGGUAAAAGCUUACCUGGAAGCGGCUCCUGCUCCCGAUGAGAAACUAACCUUGUUCAAUUCUCGCAUUGAAUCUCUCGUGGAUGGUCUCUGCUUCGAAGAUGUCUCGAAGUUCUGCCUCCUAAGAUACGCCCCUCCAGCAGUACGACUACAACUGUCCGGAUCUGGUUUCGAUGACAA